GAUGGUACACGCGAGGAGUGGACGGCGGAUCUCGCAAAGGCUGUCGUUACGCUUCGCCAGUCGCAUGGUCUUCUCGCCACGGCAUUGGAGCGGGAGGAAGUUGCGCAGACAACUUCGGACAGGCUCAGGCACGAGGUGGCUUCGACAGAGGCAUCUUUGCAGACCGUGCAAGCGGAGAAGGAAGCUCUUCAUAACGAGGUUUCGGUCUCCUCACAGAAGCUGAGGGAAGGCAUUCAGCUCAGAGACGAG